AUGGCGAUAUGGCCGUUUGGUCGCCGGGGCAAGCGGCAUACCGUUCAGGUAGAUGCAGAUGCCCGCGGGUUCGGCACGACGUCGCAAGCCUCUCGUCACAGCUUUGACGAAGCCAGGCUCGGUAGGAAACCAUCUCGCAAGCGAUCCAAACGUCAUAAGAACCGUUAUUCGACGCCCGUCGACGACCCCCCGACCGAUCUGAGCCAUAUUAACACCCCAACAGCCCAGCCUGCCCACUACUUGUCGUCCGGCUUUCAGGGUGCGCGUUACCGACCGGGGAAAGGGAGUGCGUUCCAAGCUUCGUCUGCCCCGAUCCCAGAGCCUCAAGCGAUAUCCCGAAAACCAUCUCUUCGCAAAGCAAAGCGCAACAGCUCACCUCCUGCGACAUUGAAGAAGAGGCUGAGCAAGCGGAAGAUCUAUGAGAUUGCUCGGGAGCGUGAGAUUAAAAUGAUGGCGUCCAUGCCAAUCGACAUUCCUCGGCGUGCAACGACCCCCUUACCUGGCGACCCGAUGCAGAUCGAUGCUCGUCGGGUAUACAGUUCUCAGAGUCGACGUAUAGACCGACAUCGCUCCGAUAUAAGCCUUUCAAUUCGAGAUUCCGCUGCCUCAUCGCUCUCCGACUACUCUGAUAGCUAUACUUUUAAAGUUAACAGCUUUGCCGCUUGGACUCCUCGCCCGGUCAUACGAUACGUGGAGUCCCCUCGAGCAUCGUACCCCAGGAGUCUGAAAUCGCCGGAGCCAGCCGAUCGGAGGACAAAGUCGCCGUCUGUCGAGGUUUCCGACGAGGAUCUGCGCACCAAGCGAAGGAUCGAUGAGCUGGCCAACGACCUUGAUGCGGGUACAUUGAGGGAACUAAUGGACAGAGAUCGCCGACGCCGAGAAAGACAACUGCUGAAGGACCAAGAGAAGCUUGUCCGCAAGCUACAACGCAAUGCGCAGGGCGUGCCGAAACUUCAAGCACCGCCCACCGGAUCUCCAAAAGUUCAUGAGGGCGAAAUGAAUGGUAGUACUGAGACCCAGCGCGGUCGCUCUAGCCCUCAAACUCAAACUGAAUCCCAACCUACGACUCUAGAGACGGAGGCGUUCUUGUCUGGCGAAGCCGACGAAGGUUCCUGGCUGCGGGAUACUUCCAGAGACGUUGAAAGGAGUGGCCGCAAAUCCCCCGAAAGCACCCAUGUUGUUGGUAAUAUCGAUGACAGCUCUAUUCGUGAGAAAAAGGCCGCCCAACGCCUCAGCUUUGGUCCAUCGCAAGAGAUGACAAUGUCCCGUAGCACCAUCUCGCCCUCACACUCACCGUCUCGACGUGGAGUACACAGCCAGGACUCUUCUCAAGUAUAUGGCAUGACUCGAGAAUCCUUGUCCGAUAUCUCUAAGAACGUCGGCCCUGAGCGGCGCUCAUCUGACAACAGCAACGCGCAUGUUAACCCGAUCACUUCGAUCUUCCGCCGCGGUAGCUCUCGUCUGAAGCGCAGCUAUCGAGAGCGCUUCCCAGACCGCAGCCCCCCACCGAUGAAAAACGUUUCGCACGAAUCGUUCUUUAAAGUUCACACGCAAACCCCGACCCCAGCUCCCACUCCCUACGUUCCUCCAAAGGCUUUACUUGGCUCGAGCUCGUUUAAACGCUCUCAUUCCAAGUUUACCGAACACUUUGGUGACGAGCCUCUCUCACCACCUGAUUCGCGUCUUCAGUCUCCAGAUAUCCCCGAGAAUGAACCUCUGGUCGAAGACCAGGUCCCCGAUCUCCAGUCUAAAUCUUACUAUCCCAUUCCUGGAACAGAUGACCAGGAUGGAGUGAAGAAUGGUCGAAAUUCGUGGGCCGAUAGUAUCGAAGAUGAUACUGAUAACCUACCCUUGUCGCAAUCCUUGGCAUCGGUCGACUCAGAAGGGUCAUGGAUGUCAGGCCAAUUUCUGCGCCGUAUUUCACAAAAGCAAGCCAAUUCAGGCUGGUCCUCCCGAAACAGAACGGAGGAAGGGCUUGAUAAGUCACUAAAGGGCGACGAGAACUCAGGCGGCGCGCAGGUUCAGGUUGGUUUUGGCGCCUUCCCAGUUGAAGCGAGCACCGAAGUCGACAAUACUGCCGCCGACAAAGACCUUGUGGCCCCUUCUCAGCAGGGGCCAACGGCCGAAACUUGGCGCCAGGAUGUUGCCAAGCGACCCGUACUUGUGGUGAACCCAGCAGUGCGGCCCAAGUCGACCGAAGGUCUCCUCAACAAUGUUCAGGCUCUGUCCCCGAUCUCAGCAGAGGCGGGAAUUAGUCCGAUUGAAGAACAUGCUGCCGAGAUUCUCUCAGCCACUAAUGAUGAC